AUGUCGCAAUCACAGUCUUAUAGAUCUACUCGUUCAACAGGUACGCAAUCCCUUUCUUUUGAGGAUGUUGUUAUGACCGGUUUAGCUAAAGAUGGGGGAUUAUUCAUUCCAUCGGUUAUUCCAAAAUUACCUUCAAACUUUGUUAGUGAAUGGAAAGAUUUGAGUUUCCAAGAAUUAGCUUUCAACAUUAUGAGAUUGUACAUCGAUGAAGGGGAAAUUCCAAAUGAAGAUUUGAAAAGCUUGAUUCAUGCUUCUUAUUCCACGUUCAGAUCUAAGGAUGUCACUCCACUUAAAUCUAUUGAUGAGAAGAAUGGUUUGUACUUGUUGGAAUUAUUCCACGGUCCAACAUAUGCGUUUAAGGAUGUUGCGUUACAAUUCGUUGGUAACUUGUUCGAAUAUUUCUUGAAAAGACGUAAUGCGAAUGCUAAGAGCGUAGAAGACAGAGAAACCAUUACUGUUGUUGGUGCAACCUCAGGUGAUACAGGUUCUGCUGCCAUUUACGGCUUAAGAGGUAAGAAGGAUGUUUCUGUCUUCAUCUUAUACCCAACCGGCCGUAUUUCUCCAAUUCAAGAAGAACAAAUGACAACUGUUGAAGAUGCUAAUGUGCACACUUUAUCAGUUAAGGGAACCUUCGAUGAUUGUCAGGAUAUUGUCAAGCAGAUAUUUGGAGAUGAAGAAUUCAAUGACAAAUAUCAUGUUGGGGCUGUGAAUUCUAUCAACUGGGCUCGUAUUUUGGCUCAAAUGACUUACUAUUUCUAUUCAUAUUUCCAAUUGGUCAAGCAAUUAGGAGAUGAUUCAUCCAAGAUCAGAUUCGUCGUUCCAUCUGGUAACUUUGGUGAUAUCUUGGCCGGUUACUACGCAAAGGAGAUGGGCUUGCCUGCUGACAGAUUAAUCAUUGCCACUAAUGAGAAUGAUAUCUUGGACAGAUUCAUGAAAUCAGGUCGUUAUGAGAAAUUUGCUGCUCAAUCUGGAACUGCUGAAGUUAAGGCAACUUAUUCCCCAGCAAUGGAUAUUUUGAUUUCGUCCAAUUUUGAAAGAUUAUUGUGGUAUUUGAUUAGAGAUAACUUAACUAGUAAUGAUGACAAAAAGGCAGGUGAAAUAUUAAAUGACUGGAUGCAACAAUUGAAGUCAACUGGCUCUGUCGUCGCUCCUGAAUCUGUUGUUAAGGCUGCCAGAGUUAACUUCAGUUCAGAAAGAGUCACUGAUGAAGAUACUGCGUCUACCAUUAAACAAAUUUACCAUAAUCAUCCUGAAAAGUAUGUUUUGGACCCACAUACAUCUGUUGGUGUCACUACUUCUUAUAGAUUUAUCGAAAGAGAUUCUGCUGAUGGUGUCUCGAACGUCAAAUAUAUUUCGUUAUCCACUGCUCAUCCAGCAAAAUUUGCUGAAGUUGUCAACUCAGCAUUAACUGGAGUUGAUGGCUAUUCGUUUGAAAAGGACGUUUUACCUGAUGAAUUGAAGGCUUUAUCUUCUAAAGAAAAGAGAUUAAAAUUAAUUGAUGAAGCUUCAUUAGAAAAAAUCAAAGCUACUAUUGUCGAGGAAUUAGCUAAGGAACCAAAAUGA